AGCAGUGUCAGCCCUUCGUCGUCGAUCUUUGAGUGCUCGCUGUCGACAUGUUUGUAGGCGAAGGCGAUACACCGGAGGCUGGCGGCCGCCAUCCCACUGAUUAUCUCUUGGAGCUUCCUCCUCUUGCCCGCGUCGAGUUCGCGUGCCGCGCCGUCUGAACCGACAUACGCAGAGCAACUCGCCAAGACCAUCUCCGCGGCGCCUUUCCAGUGCGCGGUCAGCGUGCCCGUCGCGUUGUCCCUUAUCAUCACGCAGCUGCGCUUCUUGUCGGAGUUGAACGCCUCGACGUGCAACACCUUGCAGCUCCUCUUGAGCGCGUCGGCGUCCAUGCCGAGCUCCGCCACGGCCCAAGACAGCAGGGCCUUCUCUGUCGGGUUGCCCGAUAUCUCCGGUGGCGAGACGUUGUUCGGCUUGUACACGCUUCUAGUGGUGUUGAGCCCUGCUCCCUGGCGCAGAAAACUGACGACGGCGGCGGCGACCGUGGCCGCCGCCUUGGGUCGGUCGGUGCCGACCCAGAACUCCGUCACCUUCAUCUGAUUAAGUGUGAGAGUGCCUGUCUUGUCGGUGCAGAUGGCGGUUACCGAGCCCAUGGUCUCACACGCCGAGAGCGUGCACACCAGCGCGUGCUCCUUGACCAUCCGCUUCAUUGAGAAGGCCAGCGUGAGCGUGACCGCGAGCGGGAGGCCCUCGGGGAUGGCCACCACGAUGAUGGUGAUGGCCUACUGGAAGAUGCCGACGAGCGCGGUGAAGACGAUGUUGAAAGAGACGUGGUGCCUGUCGAACGUCGGGUUGCCCUGCUCAUCCCUGGUGCUGCCCGUGAAGUGGCGUGCGGUGAGCACGGCGAAGACGAGAACCGCGACAGCGAUCCCGACCUUGCCGAUGCUGGAGGUGAGGGCCUCGAGGCGCUCCUGGAGCGGCGUGGGUUCGGUCUUCUCCCUGGUGAUGCUGCCCAUCAUCUCGCCCCAGGCGGUGCCCGUGCCGACGGCGGUGACGAGCAUGUGGCCGCAUCCGUCGAUGACCUUGAAGCCGGAGGCGAGGAACGGGCUCUCCUCGGCGUCGAUGUCGACAGGGUGCGACUCGCCGGUCAUGCUGGACUCGUCCACCUGCAGCGCGUGGCCCUUCAUGAAGACGCCGUCCGCGGACACGGCGUCGCCGAUGUUGAGCACCACGACGUCGCCCACGACGACGUCGAAGAUGGAGAGCUCCUGCCUCCUGCCGCCCCGGACGACGGCGACGACGAUGUUGUCGGACUCGGUGGCGAGCCUGUCGAAGCGCCUGGCCUGGCCGUGGUUGCUGACCGCGGACACGGCGGCGACGAGGAAGACGACGAGGAAGAUGCCGAUGCCGUCGUACCAGCCGUCCUUGAGGCCGUGCUCCUUGAUGCCGAAGCCCAGCGUGCAGCCCAGCACUGGGAUCUGAAGCUUGUUUAGUACAGUAACAUAUAAGGUCCAGCUUUAUUCUGCUCAUAAUAAUAUAAUUGGUCUCACUUUCCUUAUAGGUACCUGAAAUUCUUGGGGUAUGAAGUUGAAUAUGUCCGUAAUUUCACGGAUAUCGACGACAAGAUUAUUAAGCGUGCAAAUGAACGCGGUGAAACAGAUACAAGUUUGAGUAGCCGGUUUAUCAAUGAAUUUCUUCUUGAUAUGACUGAGCUCCAGUGUUUACCUCCUACCUGUGAGCCACGUGUAACAGAGCACAUUGAGCAUAUUAUAGAGUUAAUAACCAAGG